AAGAAGGGCACCAAGCAACUUUGCAAAGAGUGUGUGCUGAGCAAGAUAGCGGAUGUUUCUGUGGAACAACCCUGAAGUGGCGGUGUAGCUUGUUAGACCGAGCAGCAUUUGCUGAAAAAUAUAAAAAGGGAAAAUGGUGUUGAAAACUGAACACAGUGAAACAGAAAGCAGUAUGUCAAGGGAAGCAACUGAUACCGAAGAAAAUGAGUUUAUGGCUUGCAGUCCUGUGCCACUGAACCCAGACUGGUGCAAAACUGCAACUGGUCACAUCAAACGACCCAUGAACGCUUUCAUGGUCUGGUCUAAAAUCGAGAGGAGAAAGAUUAUGGAGCAGUCACCGGACAUGCAUAAUGCUGAAAUCUCUAAAAGACUGGGAAAGCGAUGGAAAAUGCUGAAAGACAAUGAAAAAAUCCCUUUCAUCAGGGAAGCUGAAAGACUCCGGCUUAAACACAUGGCCGACUACCCAGACUACAAGUACCGACCCAAGAAAAAACCAAAGCUGGACAUUUCUUCAAAGCCAAGCAUGCAGUCACCGGAGAAAACCGGCAGCACUAAAAUCGCCAAGACACCUGGUAAGAAGUGCAGUAAACUGAAACCCAGCAAACCCGGUGCCAAAUCUUCUCACGAUUACGGGGAAGAAUAUACGUUUGGGAACUUUAAGAGUAAUAAGGCUGUUAAAAGUGUUCUCACAGAUGAAGACGACGAAGAUGAUGAAUAUGAUGAUGAUUUGCAGAUGAGGAUAAAACAGGAGGACGAGGAACAAAUGAGGCCGUAUAAUGUAGCAAAAGUCCCGGCCAGCCCGACUUUAAGUUCGUCUGCUGAGUCUGAGGGGGCUAGCAUGUAUGAAGAAAUAAGGAAUGCAGCCUCAAACAGACUCUUUUACAAUUUCAAAAACAUUACCAAGCAGAGCACAGCGCAUCCUGCGUCGGUCUCACCAGCAUCGACCCGGUCAGUUUCCACGUCUUCAAGUUCCAGCGAAGAGGCAGACGACUUGCUAUUUGACUUCAGCUUGAAUUUCGCCCCAAACUCUCAAGUAUCAGAACUGGGAAACGCUAAUUCUGGAAAUCUGUGUCUAUCUCUGGUGGAUAAAGAUUUGGACUCGUACAGCGAGGGCAGCUUGUGCUCUCAUUUUGAAUUUCCAGACUACUGUACCCCAGAGCUCAGUGAAAUGAUAGCUGGGGACUGGCUGGAAGCGAACUUUUCAGACUUGGUGUUCACUUACUAAGAUAUAUAAAAACCCUGAGUAAUAACGGAAAGUCAGCAUCCUGUCCCAGUUGUUCCCAGCCCUGCCUCUUCUGUGUUGUUGUAUUUUGUAUUUUUUAUUUUUUUUUUUUUUUUUUUU